AUGGCGCACAUUUCAGUGUUUGAGACAAGACGGCUAACUGUAAAGGAACUAUGGUUUAAUAAUGUACGAAAGCCUGCCAAAAUAAUUAAAAUAACUGGGUAUCCAAAGUCUACAGUAUAUGAUAUUGUCAACCGUUUAAAAGAAACAGGAAAUGUUGAACAUUUGCCUUGUCCUGUUAAUAAUGCAACAACUCCAGCUUUAAUGACAAAAAAGCUGAAUUCCACAUAUCCAGAACUUAACGUAUCAACUCGAACUGUCUAA